AUGCAUAGUCACCCUAACAGUCUCAACUGGAAUGAAUGUCGCGAUCUCAGGGGAGGUGGCCCGCGUAAGUACAUCCUUCGUCCCAUUCGAAUCCAGAGCCGUGAGACCGAAUGGGUUUGGAUCGAUGCUACGAUCCCUCUUAGAGCCAUCUACUUCCCAGUCAGCCAGCGAACGGACCAGGCUUUCGACAACCUGUGUACCUAUGUUGUCAUCGACUUCAGACACAGGGAGAGUGCCUGGAUCAUGGAUUACGCUGGAGGUUUCGCCACCCUUUAUUCCAUGACGUCGCACGCUGGUCUUGGUCGGAGAGAUGGUGCCACUUGGGGUUUCCAUGUGCCCGACAUCAUUGCCUACCUGUCCAUCCCUCAUAAACUUCGCAACCCGGAUUAUUCGUUGUUCAAAUCCAAGAACCGACGCGAUGACUUGGUCGUGAGUGCUGCGUCGCGGCUAUCGUGGACCAGCACUACUCGUGUCAUACAUCAUCCCGAUUUCUUUCGCGAGAUUGACUUAGCCAAAGUCCUCAGCGCAACCUUUGGAGUCAAAGUUGGCUGGCGACCCUAUGAGCCAUCACGCUUUCUUAGAGAUCUCAUCAUUCGGCUUGUUGACAGUGCUCUGGGCAUGGUCCCGGGCGUUGGACCUCUUUUAUCGAUUGCGUUUGGCAUCGCGGUGCAGGCGCUGGAGGAUCCUCAUUCGUUCAGUAUUGACAACAUCCUCGGCCUCAAACAAACUGCUAUGGAUGAAGUGACGAGAUCUUCAAACAAACAUCGGAAGUAUCUGGCACCUGGCUUCAUGGGCAAGGGGCGUGGCCGCCAGGCACUUGUUUCCUUGAGCGAUGAUGAGCGAGCUAGUCGGCAGAAGCAUGGCGAUGAGCUGAAUGAGAAGCUUACCAAGGAGCUGAAGCCCCAGAUCGUGAUUCGGUCCCUUUUGGAGCAGGAGUUGUUGCUCUAUGGGGCUGAUAGAAUGAAUGGUGUCGUGGAAGAGGAGCAGGCAGAGUUGAAGACGAUUCAGAUUGAAGCGCGAGACGACGAGGGGAAGUCUGAGGAAGAGGAUGAGAAUGACAAGGAUGAAUGA